UGCAUUUCCUAAAAGGCAGUUCCUUGCAAAUGGCUUUUGAGUGAAUUGUAUUUUUUUUUGGGGGGGGGCGCAGAGUAAAUUAACUUUCUCUGUUGGGGUGUGACUGUUGAUCCCUGGGACCACAGUCAACCCUCUCUGUCUCUGCCUUGUCUUACCCCGUCUCCUGUGGUCAGAUGUCACUGCCAGUGGUCUUGCCCACCUCUUGCUGCCCAGUGCAAGCUAACGCACCAGGCGGGGAGACGCCGCUGCGGAGCCGGGCUCGAUGUGUAUCAUGGCCGGGAGCGCUGCACUCCGGCAGCAGCCCGGCUCGCCAGCCGCUGUCCUGCCCGCUCUACGGCCGCUCCCUCUUCGCCCUGGGACUGCUCCAGAUCGCGCUGGGCUUCUCCAUCGUGUCUCUCAGCUUCGGGGCUCUGUCCCUCACCGAGUCCCCCAACGUCAGGAACUCUUGUCCCUUCUGGGCCGGUUCCUCGGUGAUCCUUUCAGGAAUCCUGGGAUUAACCACAUGGAAAAGGCCAAUGUUACUUCUGGUAAACCUGUUCAUCCUGCUGUCCGUUGUCUGUGUCCUCCUGAACUUGGCUGGAUUUGUUCUCUCAUGCCAGAGUGCUCAGUUUGUGUCUGGCAUUGUGGACUGUGAGCUGGUCAAGGUUGUUGAGGGCAAUAGUUGCUUCUGCUGUGAUGACAACCAGUCAAUGAAAUGCAAUGAUAAGAAGGAGAUACUGAUAUUAUACCCGGUUCUCUCCGUCUCCUGCGACACAGUGCGACUUGUGCUUAAGGACCUGCUGUUUGCCAUAUGUGUAUUGAAUGCAUUGACCACCACAGUGUGUGUUGUAGCUGCUGCCUUGCAGUAUCUCCAGAUAUUUGUUGGCAGACGACCCCAGGUGGUUGAAGCCCAGAUUCCCCAAGAAGAGUCUGAAGGAGCUCGCCAGAUACCUGACCCUGAUGAAUUUGUUCCACCCAUUCCCCCUCCUCCAUACUUCUCCACUUUCUGCUCCUACACUCCCAGGAUUAAUCCACGCAUUCUGAGCAAUGAUGUCAUUCCUCUGACUCAUAUCUAUGCAACCAGGAUGAAAGGGAUCGAAGUGUUUUGUCCAGUGGAACCACCUCCCCCAUAUGAAGCUGUGGUGAGCAACCAAAACGACGAGCAGGUUUCGAGCUUGCAGGUCACAGAGGUCAUGGAUGGGGCAUCUGAAAGAACAUCAAGUGGGACAUCAGAUGAUAACAAUCCCCCGAGCGGUUCUCUCAACGACUCACUGCAACUCUGCAUCGUGCACUCCUCCCGGAGCAGGAAUUCUGAAUCAGGAUGCAGGAAGUCGAACAGGUCGGGUCUGAGAGGAUCAAGCAGUGACCCACUGCUCCAAGAACUAGUUAUAGAAGAAUUAGUGGUCAGCUGCGAAGCAGCGACACAAACGGACGAAAGGCCAGAGGUGCAGGUUGUGACCUUGCGAAAGGGUCACAGGUCGGGAACCCCCAAGUCAAGGCCCAGGUCACUGGUAGAUUAUAGCAGCUAUAGAGACACCAAGUUAUUGGUUGCUAGCUUCUUGGAGCACUCAUCAUGCACAAUGACCCCUGAGGUGCAGGAACUGGUAGAAAAUAUUCGAUCAGUUUUGCAGUCCGAUGAGGAACACAUGGAAGAGGCAGUGGCAAGCGCCAACAUACUCGAUCAGGCGAUCACCAGCAGCUCCGAACACAGCACCUUGAGCAGGGAGACACCUCAGACACAAGGCCACGCGCGACUACUCCAUCUUCAGAGUUGCGGAGACCUGAGCACAUUUGCUGAUGCUGAGUCAGAGAUGGGAGACAGAAGCAGAGAGCACAAAAGCCAUCAGGAGAGGCCCCACAGUCUGAUCGGCGUGAUACAAGAGACUGUGCUUUAAAUACGCAGGACAUUUCAAGAGUGCAAUUUGAGCCAGGAUGCAGCUUCACACCAGCAACUAAUAAUGCCUGGAAGGGAAUAAGUCUAAGGAUGAGAGUGCAAUGUGAGGAAAGGGGAAGACUGACAUAGAACCAUACCUAACAUGUUGGAGAACAAACUAUGCAAAUAUAGCUUAGGAGAUUCAGUGAAAAACUGCUCAAAAUGUGCUUAGUUCAAUGGAAAAUGAUGAAAUUUGUCCUUUAUAUUGUAAAAUGUCAUGGUGUUCAAAAGCAUCUCAUGUCUCUGGUAAGCCAACAAUCCUGAUGACUCCCUAACCGCCCUGGUUCAUUAAAGAGAAAUCUACUUCUCAAUACCUGUUCCUUAGGUCUAAUCAAGUCAAAGGGCACUUUAUUUAAAAACAGCAAAUGAGGAAUUGCCAGGCCAGGCAAAGCAAGGCAGUAACAUGAGAACAGGUUUAACACUAAUGUUUUCCCUUUGUUUCUUAUUGUGUUGCUCAGAAUUACAUGUCCUUUGCAUUUUGUAGUACUGUUUUGUUUAAAAUUUAACAAAUGAAUUAGUGGAAUUUUAAUCUUUAAUGUUAUAUAUGUAUAGAGAAAAAUAUAGAUUAUAUAUAAAAAUAAAACCCUGCAGCUUA